AUGCCGAGCAUUGUACGACAAGAUAGCCUUUGUUCGCAUGUGGAUCAAUUACGAUUUUUUGAUUUUCUUGAACCAAAUUUCGAUUUCAAAACAGCCAUGUCAAGAUUUGAACGACAAGUUAGCUGGUUGCCGCUCGUUGCACCGGCAGCCGAGCUCGAAUCAUCACCGAUUCAAAGCAACCAUACAUCAGAUUUCAUCUGGCAACCUCCAAACUCAUUCUUACCCACAUUACCCGAAACACCUCCAGCAUUUCUUGACGAUCAUCAUCAGUCAGAGAUUAACAUCGAGACAAUUAUUGAUGAAAGAAAUUUAAGUAAUUUUCUUUCACCACCAUUGCCACCACCAAUGCCUUUGAUGAAAACAGCAUCAACCCCGAAACUGAAGCUACCGAUUCGAUCUCAAGAAAAGCACUCUCGAGCAAUAUCGCCAUCACCCUACGAAUCUUCAUUGCCAUCACAAAAGCGAACAAAAUCAUCGACUAACAUCCAUGAAGCUCAACCAUUUGCAACCGGUGUUUCUCAAACGGCUUUGGAAGUCGCAGCUCUGCUCAAAGAACAUCCAGGUUACAUGUGCCCUAUGUUGACACUUGUACAAGAGUACCAAAGUCGAUUUUGUAAACCAUUACAUACAUCGGAAUUGAACACGGCACGGGAUAUUGUUGAAAUUCAAUAUAAUGGUCAAAUGAGUUAUGCACGAUUAACAUCAACAUUUCGAGCAACCAUGGGCAACGAAACACUAUCCGUUCGACUUGAACGUCCAUAUUGCACAAUUCACUGUCCGCCCAAUUUUGUCGUUAGCUCGACAUUCGAUAUGCCAUUUGUUCGAUUACCAUUACAGCGCUUUUCUGAAAAUGUUCACUUUUUACUUGCACAACAUACUGGUACCAUGCCAUUAGGAAGUUUUGUUCAAUGUUAUUCAUUCUAUUUUCCACGUUUAAUUGAUGAUGAAUACGGUGUGCCACUCGAACAUUAUAUUACCUGCGUGAAAAAUAUCGAAAUAGCCACCGAUCAAGGUGUUAUUAAACGUAUUCAAACAACGAUCACACCACCAUUUUCUGUUCCACUCAAUCACAUGGUGCCCGAUCAACGUUCAACAUCUUCGUCUACCUGUUCAUUACAAACAUUUGCACGUGAAGUCAUCGAUUUAUUGAAGCAACAAACAGUUCAUUGCCGUCUACCAUUAUCGAAAUUCGUGACAACUUAUCAUAUGAAAUACAGUCGACAUUGUCGAGCAGCUGAUUAUGGUUUUGAGAAAAUUCUCGAUCUACUCAUUGCUAUACCAAAUGCUGUACAGAUACUUGGUGACGGUAAUAAACGAAUACUAACAUUAACUCAUCGAUGUCAAGUCAAAAGAUUUUUCAAUGAUCUCGUUCGGAUUCUGAAAAACAAGCCACAGAGAUCCAUGGCAAUCAGUGAAAUUCCAAAAGAAUUCGCCAAUUUUAGUAAAAAACCAUUUGAUAUUAUCGAUUUCGGUGUUUGUUAUCUCGAUGAUCUCAUUGGUGAAAUUCAAGACAACAAAGAAGUUGUUAUCGAUCGAGAACAUGGAAUAAUAAAACUCUAUCGAAAAGAACAAACGGAUGUUGAGAAAUUUGCUACACAAAUCUUUGCUGAUGAUAUCAUUAAUAUGUUUCGUCAUCAACAAGAUUUCAAUAUUCCAUUUCAACGUUUUAUUCCAAUGUAUCAUCACCAUUUCGGUUAUCAAUGUCGCGUGCAAUUGUAUGGAUGUUUACGUUUGAUAGACUUAUUCGAAGAAAUUCCCCAUGUUGUUCAAAUACUCGAAGAUAAGAAUGGUGAACGUAUUGUACAAUUGACUCACGAAGCGAUUCAUCAGGCCGUUUUAUUGAAUAUCACUCAACUUAUCCGACAACAUGAUGGUUCAAUACUCUUUGAUCAAUUGCCUAAACUUUAUGCUGAAACGUUUCGUUUUGAACUCAAUUAUGAAGAAAUAGGUUUUGAUUCGAUUGAAGCUAUGCUUGAAUCGAUGCAAGACAAAUUGACCUGUGUUCAAACCAACAAAAACACAGUAGUUAUUCGCAUCAUUGAGGAACACCACUCAGAUAUUGUAUUUGCUCGAAAUGUCGUUCAUAUCCUAAUGGAAGCACAAGGUGAAACAACAAUUUGGUUACUCAAACAAGAAAUGGCCAAUCGUUUCCGACGAGAACUGAAAAUUGAAGAUUGUCAACAUCGACUUAAACAAUACGUUCAAUUAAUUGGUCAAAAUGUACGUCUAACACCGCCGAUGCGAUUCGCCUACGAAGUCGUCAAAGGAAUGCGUGCAUGUGGUUUAGAUAAAAUGAAUUAUGAAGACUUUCUGAUUGAUUAUCAACUACGUCAUGGUAAUGCACAUUGUCCAAAUCCAUCAGAAUUUGGUUAUCCAACGAUCGAUCGUUUAUUCCAUGCAAUACGCAUUGUUGUUUUAACACGCGGUCAUCGACAAACGAAAACUAUUUCAUUAACAGAUGAAUUUCGAAUGCAUAUUCGUCCCACUUAUUCGCUCCAUUUAAACAAUAAUAAUCCUUUUGCUAAAUGA